AUGGCAUCUUCCAUCGAAGUCAGAGGCUCGUGGACAACUCAGGAAGAUAUUGCGUUGUGUCAGUCUUGGGUGAAUGUUAGUUAUGACCCUAUUACGGGCAAUGAGAUGAAGUUCCAUCAUAUGUGGAGCAAAAUUCAUGGAGAAUUUUGUCAAAGAUCGGGUUCCAUUCAGACCGAAAUGGCCUUGUUUAGUAGAUGGAAACUUUUGAAUAAAGAGUUAGGGAAAUUGAGAAAUGCCUUGACAAAAGCAAGGGAGAACAUUUUAAGCAGUCAAAAUUUUACCGAUGAGGUAAAAUAUUUAUAA